UCCUCGCCCGCGACUGGCCGGCAAAGAUGGCCGCAUCGAGAAGCUAGCGUCAUUCAAGAUGAGCGAUCCCUUCGCGGGACGUCUCUUUCUGCGCGCCGUGAAGCGAUUUUCGCCAUCGUCGACUGGGCGACGCAGGACUACCUAAUGUCACCGCUAAAGGAACAUCAUGGGCUUCCAGCUGUUAACUUGGGCAGUUCAUCUAUACCUGUUCACACACCUUCUCAUUGCUGCCCUUAUCUUAGAAGAUCAAGAGCUCAAGUUUGUGGAGGAGCCAAGCUCGGUGUUUGUCGAUGCGGAGAACCACGAGCUGGCUUCUUUCCGCUGCUCAGUGUCACCCAAGGUGGCCGACAUCCUGUGGCUGCAAAAUGGCAGUAGUCUGGUCGAGGGGUCAGCUGGUGUUGUCAAGAUGUCUAAGCACCGUUUGCAAGUGCUGGUUGAUGGCAGGCCAGCCAACACAUCCGGACACCAUUCACGCCACUCCUACCAAUGUGCUGCCCAGUUGGGAGAGCUGCUCAUCAUGAGCACUCCAGCAACUGCCAUUGUUGCCACUCUGACACCUUUUGCACCACAAGAGGAUGUUCAUGUUUCUGUCACUGCUGGCAACACUGCUGUAGUUCCCUGCAGGCUGCCUUACAGCAUUCCUCCUGCAGUUUCAGAAUUUCAUUUUAACAAGACAUCUGUAAAUAGAACUGUUGGCCGACACCACAUAAUGCCUUCUGGAGACCUGCAGAUACAAUCAAGCACAAUAUGGGACUCGGGGGUCUAUUUCUGUACAGCUCAUAAUCCGUUGAUCAAAAAGCGGCUGACUGCAUUGCAUAAGAUCUACCUCACAGUGCAUGAGCCAGCAGCUGAAGAAGUGCCUUCUUUCACCUCCGUUCCACCUGGAGUCAUGAACGGGGUAACUGGAAGCAAUGUCACGAUGGAGUGCGCUGCUAAUGGGAAUCCCGCCCCAGUUUUUAGCUGGAAUAAGGAAGGGGGCCACUUGCCCAGAACACGGCACAGGAUUGUGCUUGGGAAUCUGGAAAUAUUUAGUGUUCAUUCAAAAGACAAUGGCAUAUACAUCUGCCAGGCUACCAACCGACUUGGAACCAUUUUUGCUCAUAAAAUGAAGUUGGUUGUUCAAGAGCCUCCCCACAUCAUUACACCACUGCAAAACCACAUUGUACAACAUGGAGGAGAGCUUCGUCUGCAGUGCUCAGUACAGGGUAACCCGGUGCCUACAGUCCAUUGGCUUCAUAAUGGCAAAAGGGUACAUCAUACAUCUCACAUCACAAUAUUAGAAACAGGAAUCCACAUCAGAAAGAUGACGAAACACCAGGGAGGCAUGUACCAGUGCUUUGCAAACAAUUUUUUGGGCACUGUCUACUCAACAGCGCAUGUCACGGUCCUGGCUGUGAAUGAGUCUCAUAUUCCUGACAAGAAUGGGGAGGAUGAGAAUGAGCCAGACAGCAUCAAUGGUGCAGCAGAAAAUGCUGGGAAGAGAAAAGACACUCAUAAGAGGAAAAAAAACAAAGGAGUGAAGUUGGUGCUGCCUUCCCGGCCUGAGAUAUCACGCCUCUCCGAUGACUCGGUGAUGGUUCGCUGGAAUGUGCCACACAAUGAUGGCUUGCCCAUCUCGUUCUUCAAGGUUCAGUAUCGAGAUGUGUCCGUUCCACACUCGCACUGGAAGACAGUUGAGGAAGAUGUGCCCCCCCAUAUCCACUCCCACGCUAUCGCGGGUCUCAAAGCAGGGGGAAGGUACAGGUUUCGCAUUGUGGCUGUUUAUUCCAACAAUGAUAAUAAGAAUGGGCCAAACUCUAUCAAGUUUCUGCUGCACAAAGACCCUCCAAAGAGGAAACCCAUGCAGGGACCCAUUAUUCGACGUGUCAAGGCUGAAAGCUCAACUGCUAUCACUCUCUUUUGGGAGUACUCAGACCUGGAUGCUGUAGAUGUGGAAGGCUUUUACAUCUACUAUAGGCUGACGCAGAGUGCUGGUGACUACCUAAAGAUCACCGUGGCUGGCUCCAACACGCGCUCGUACACCGUCAGUUACCUACUGCCCGACACUUCCUACGACAUCAAGAUGCAGUGCUUCAAUGUGGCUGGUGCCAGCGAGUUCUCCAACAUAUGCACCCAUAAAACGCUUGCGCUGCCCUCCAUGGGAGAAAAAAAGGUGACUCCAGUGCCGGACCUGCUGGAGUCCUCGGUGUCUGGUGACAAAGACCUCCUGUACAUUGUUCUCGGUGUAGUUUCUGGGGUGCUGGUGCUUGUGGUUGCUGUGUUUGUUGUCCUGUUCAUCCUGCGACACAGGCACAAGAGGCAAACCUGCGCACAGGGUGCAAGUGAUCAUAACAGCAACUUGCAACAGAAUGGCCAUAUGGGGAAUGGGGAUUAUUUCACAACGCAAAGUAGGAUCACCAUCAAUCCUCUGGAUUCAAUUGAGCUUUCAGAGCUCUCCAGGGAGAAGUAUGCAGCUGCCAUAGUGACACAGAUCUCAAAUGGUCACAGGAUCAGUCCAAUGGAUUUGAGUAAGGUGCCGAAGACAUCAUAGUGAAAGCAGAGGACGUUUAGGAGAAUCUCAUUUGUAUUUAUAACACGAGAAGUUGGAGUGGAGCGUUGCUAUGCAAUUUCUGCUGGACAUACUACAGUGUACAAUGAAUUUUAUAUACAUGUUUAUUAAAUAUUCAUAUCAUUUGUCUUUCA